AUGCAGGCGGCUUCCAAGGCGUUGUCGUCACUACCGAUGAACGGCGUACAACCAACAGGCAGCGUCGCUGUCCACGUCGAAGUGCGUUUGCGGCCCAUCUCCAACGCCAACGAUGGCGAGGUACGAUCAGAAACAAUCUCCUUCCUGAUCGCCAACUUUGCGACAUUACAAGCAGAAACAGAGAUCACAGACUGGACUCGCUCUCCCUUCCUCACCGCCAACGUGGACAGGUUACGAAUCGCCGAGAUUGCUGCUGUUGCAUCGCCCUCAGCAUCGUCAUCAUCAGCAUCACCUCCACCUCCAGUCUUCAUCUCGGACGCAAAGCUGCAAGUACACGUGUACCAACCCUCGUCGAACGACAUCGUCGACGAAUUUUCUGCAGCAGAUCCAAACGCCGACGAAGGCGAUGAGACCACGGCCGCCAGCGUCUCCGAGCUUCCAAACCGCAGUCUUGACGGUGUAUGGGACAGUCUCGUCUAUGAAGACGACAUCAAGCCCAAACUGCUCAAUUAUAUCUACACGACACUGCUCUUCUCGGACGCGAAUGUCAACUUCAACCUGGUCUCGUGGAACCGCAUCGUCCUCCUACACGGCCCACCUGGGACAGGCAAAACGAGUCUCUGCAAGGCGCUCGCCCAAAAGCUGGCGAUCCGCCUCUCGCACAGAUACUCGCACGGCAAGCUGGUCGAGAUCAACAGCCACUCUCUCUUCUCCAAAUGGUUCUCCGAAUCGGGCAAAUUGGUGCAGCGGCUGUUUAGUAUGAUCACCGAGAUGGUCGAGGACAACGACGCGUUUGUCGUCGUGCUCAUUGACGAGGUCGAGUCGCUCACGGCUGCCCGAAGUGCCGCUGCGUCUGGUAGCGAACCGACGGACUCGAUCCGCGUCGUCAAUGCCCUGCUCACACAGCUAGACAAACUCAAGCAUCGCAAGAACGUGCUCAUCAUGACCACAUCCAACAUGACCGAAUCCAUCGAUACCGCCUUCAUCGACCGCGCCGACAUCAAGCAGUACGUCGGCCUGCCACCGGCACAGGCCAUCUACUGGAUCCUCGACAGCUGUCUCGCCGAGCUGGUACGGGUUGGGCUCGUCUCGCCGAUUCAACUGCCGUCGUUCCAACAAGCGAUCGCCGAGCAUGACGAGAUACACGCUGGGGGUGGAGCACCGGCAAGCGCGUCGAGCCGAGCGGGGUACGAAUUGCUCAAUUUGGCGAACAAGUGCAAGGGUCUCUCGGGUCGAUCGUUGCGAAGGCUGCCUGUGCUGGCGCACGCGCAUCAUAUUGGCAUGGCACAGGCGCCUAUCGAGUGCGAGGUGUGGCUUGCGGCUAUGGCCCAGGCAUUGCAGGAGAUGAACAAGGAAGAUGGAAGCUCUCGCGAUGGACACAAAUCUAAUGGCGAAACGGUGUUUUGA